CUAGGCUGGUAGGCAGGCUAGUACGUUUUCAAGUCGGUCAACUUUUCGAUAUAACUUUGUUAAAAGUAUUUUUUAUUUUUAAUCAAUCAAAUCAAUAAUAAAUUUCCUUUGGUUAUUUUACUUGCAUAGUUUAUGAUUGAGUGUCUUUUCUGUUGGUGCUGUCUUGUCCUAGUUACAUCCCAUAGCCCAGUUUAGAAAUCUAGGAUAGUGAAUUUGAAGCUAUUCGCUUUCGCACAAAUCCAAUCCGUAGUGAACAUUUAUAGAUUGCAAAAGAUAUACAUAGUUUUUACUUCAAUUUGUAGGUACCUACUUUUAUAAAUAAAUAAAAUUGUGCGUCCUGUUUCCUGUUAAUUCCUAAGAAAAAGAAAAAAGAACUUCUAGUGAUAUAUGUAUGAGCGUGAAAAUUAUUUUCAAUUCAGUUUUUCGUAUGUACAGAGCCGAACAUAAUUAAUGCAUUCUAUCAUUAUUCCUAAUGAGUUUAAAAAUGCAUACGCCCGAAGGGGGACAGGCACAGCAUCAUUCUGUGUCCUACGAUGGUAAAAUAGCUGGCCUUUAUGAUUUGGAGAGAACACUGGGAUCUGGGCACUUUGCAGUGGUCAAACUCGCUCGGCAUGUAUUCACGGGAGAGAAGGUCGCCGUCAAAGUGGUUGACAAAACAAAAUUGGAUGAAGUCUCCAAGGCGCACCUGUUUCAAGAAGUUCGCUGCAUGAAACUUGUACAACACCCGAACGUCGUGAGACUAUAUGAGGUAAUUGACACGCAAACAAAGCUCUAUUUAAUUUUGGAAUUGGGAGAUGGUGGCGAUCUUUACGAUUACAUAAUGAAACACGAGGGAGGUUUGUCUGAGGAUUUGGCUAGAAAGUAUUUCCGUCAGAUUGUCAGAGCUAUUUCCUAUUGUCAUCAAUUACAUGUGGUGCACAGGGAUUUAAAACCAGCUAAUGUGGUGUUUUUUGAAAAGGCUGGCGUCGUAAAACUUACUGAUUUCGGAUUUAGUAAUAAGUUUUUGCCAGGACAGAAGCUGGAAACGUCUUGUGGAAGUUUGGCCUAUUCUGCUCCAGAAAUCCUCUUAGGGGAUUCUUAUGAUGCCCAAGCCGUUGAUAUCUGGUCAUUGGGUGUAAUUUUAUACAUGUUGGUUUGUGGACAACCGCCGUUUGAAAAAGCAAACGACUCUGAAACAUUGACAAUGAUCAUGGAUUGCAAGUAUUCCAUGCCCAGCCAUGUAACAGUUACAUGCCGUCGACUAAUAGCAUCGAUGUUAGUUCGAGAUCCAGAAAAGCGAGCAACGUUAGAACAAAUCUCACAAGAUGUUUGGUUGAAACAAAAUUCAUCAGGAGCAGAACCAUUACUGGAUCAUUUGCCAUUAGUUAGCCAUGAACAAGUCAGUGAAGAUGAUCAUGCUUUUAUUAUUCAAAAGAUGAUAAAUGGAAACAUAGCAACAAAAGAAGACAUAAUGCAAUCUCUUGAUAGAAAUAAAUAUAAUCAUAUAACUGCAACGUAUUAUUUACUUGCUGAAAGGCGACUGAGGCAAAAGCGACAAGAACAAGUUCAGAAACACCGCCCUCUCUUUCUUCCUGCAAGCCCUGGAAGACUUUCAUCAGCAAAUCGCAGUGUACCCGAAGAUAAUAAAUUAAAAAGUGACCAAGGCAACAAAUUAUUGGUCCCUGUAAACAUUGAAGUAUGCAAUUCAAUUGAGUUUACUUCAGAGGCAGUUACGGAAAAAAGGAACAGAAAAUGUAGCAUUGUUAAGGAAGAAGAUGAAGAAGAAGCCUUUGAAUGUCCAGACAAAAGUGAAUCAAAGGUUUCUACUAACCGUCGUGCUUCGAUUGCUGACGCAAGAAUAAACCGAGCUGUGCAGGAACGCAGCGUAGAGUCGCAAUAUAUGUCCAAAUUAGUUAUAAAACCAAUAGCUCCAAAUGAAAGUUCAAACAAUGCUUUCACAGUAGAAAAGUGGGAUAGCUUACGUUUAGAUUCUAACAAAAAGUCACAAAAUUCCAGCAUGCCAAAGAAAUCUCCCGGAAAAAGUGAUAUUUUGAAGCAGCCGAAAGUCCAUCAACCAAAUCCCCCUUUAAACGAGCUUCAAGAGGCUGGAGGAAUCGUUGAACAAGAUGAUUUUACUGAGCUGCAGCAUGACCUUUCUGGUAUUAAAGAUUUAGAAAUUAGUAAAAUGAGAAAUAAAAAUCCAGUACUUAUGCACAGGCGAACAAAAUUAAAUAAAAUGCGAACUCCUUCAUGCAGUAGUUCAGAGGCAUCCGACGACGAGGCGAAAUCGAAGAAAAAGAAAAUUCACAAAAUUGGCGGCGAUACGCCCAAUCGCUUCAGAGUUAACCGACGUGACUCUUAUGACGACUCAAGUGACUCACAGGAUCAAGCUAACUUAGGAUCGGGUCAGAGCAACACAAAUAUUGUGUUAAGUAAUUCCAAAGAUGAAAAAUCUGGUUCUGGUAAGAAAGAAGAACAAUCAAAGGCUGGGGAGCCUCAAAAUUCUCACUCCAAACAAAAGAAGGGAUGUUCUUUAAUGGAAAAUUGCUUGCCAAAAGUAGGCGGAAGGAGAAGACUCCGUGAAAGUCAGUCACUUGAUAGAAUAACAGAAUCUCAAGAAUAUGAACAGCGCCAACGUUACAACAAUCUCACUUGCAACAACUAUAAUGAAUCCGUAGUCACACAAUUUCAGAACAUGUCAUUAAAUUCAAAUUCGGUCCCAGAACAAGCUUGGACAAUUGAUAAAAUGAUUCGCUCUAGUGAAGAUAAGAUUAGCCAAGAACCAAAAUCUGGCGCCCUUAAGAACACGUGUGAUAUGAAUUCCAUUGAAGAAAUAGACUUAUAUAUCGGAAUGAAUGUGACUAAAGCAAUUCAAACCACAGGCUCAAAGUACUCUGUUACUAUGAAAAAAAUAAGGAGGCUUGGAAAGUAUUUUCCAGUUAUUAAUUUAUCAUAAUUAUUAAUCAACUUUAAUGUUAAGUUAACUAAUUUUGUAAUUGUUUGUGUAGUUGAAUCAUGUUCUCAUAUAUGACAUUUAUUCUCAUUUGUAGUGUAAUUAAUUUGCCAAAGGCUUAUUUUAGUAAUAAUAAGAAUUUAUUUCAAUUCAA